ACGAUAUAAUCCUGUGAAGCUCUUGUCCUGUAUCUGUCCUGUACAUUUGCUGAUAUACUUGUGACAAUGACCACCAACGCACCAGCAUACAGCAGUGGCCAAGGAAAGUAUGGAAAGGAAGAUUUAUUUUCCAAAAGUCAUCUGCGCAGCAUGGAGAAUGGUAGUAGUUACCUUUCCAUCUCAGACUCGAGCUUGCUUUCCGUCGCCAGUUACAAGCCCUGGGGUCAAGCUGAAUUUCAUUUCACAAAGCUCUUCCAUGCCACAAAUUUCCAAGGAGUGAAAGAUAUCCUUGAACGACAACGAUUCUAUGUGAAAUCUAAGAAGAUCAUUGAAAAAAAAGAGAUGUACUUCUCAUGGUGGAGCGUUGCCAUAGGCAAAGAUAUGAUAAUAGAAGAAAGAGAGAGACAGCGGAAUGUUCUGUCUAAUGCUGGAAUAGGUGUAAACCGCUUGCCCGAUCAGUUUCUCAAUUCACCCGCUUUCCAGGACCAAUCCCGAUACGGUAAUUAUAAGUUCACCUAUGACAUUACCACUCUCAUCGCUGAGUACAAAAAUGCAAUGUGUCCUGGCAACACAACAGAGAUCAGUGUGUUGGGAACUUUCCAAUAUAAGUGCGAGAACAUGCAUGCAGUGGUGGUUCAUGCUCCAGGUGAACCUACAUUCGAGGAUUUCCCUAGAAUCCAGAAUAAUUCCUAUGUUGUUUCCAAAACCCUUGAAGGCAAUUGGAUAUGGAGCCCCGAUUCAAUAACUUCGAAAAUCCCUCAACAACUGUUGCGUUGCACAAACAACGUAUUUGUCCUGGGAGAACUUGAGCUUCGCUUUCUAUCUGCCCAAAGAGAAUCCAGAAUUCAAGCUACCAGACCAUGUCUCACAUCUUUCAUUCUGUGGGAUAGGUCAACCAAACCUCUCCAGGGAUAACCUGGAUUGUUAUAAAGCCAAGGUCUCUCUGCGGGAUUGGGCAGAAACAUCUGGGAACCUGGAAGAGGAACAGCGUUCAAGACUCCUUCAACUCACUCAGCAAGAGGAGAGCAACUGAGUGACUGGCUGCACCAGCACUGAAACAAGGUACAUGGUCUCCAAAGCCCAAAGCAUCGUCCUUACUGUGGUGAAGUUGCUAUUGUUGUUAUUAUUCAGAAUUCUGCAGCUCGUGUCUUCUCCUGUAUCAAGCUCUGUGAACCGAUCAACCCCAUCCUUGCCGGCUCCACUAUUCACCCCCCAGCCACCC